GAUUUGGCAAAAAUAGAAAGCAUUGUCAAGAUAUAAAAGGUAAAAGUGAAGAAGAGCUUACUCAAGAUCCAGAUUAUGUGUUGCAACAGCAAAAUGCCACCGUUAAAGAACUGGAUAGGGUGUCAGAUAAUGCUAAAGAAAACGACUUGUUAAAAAGACAACUUCCACAGAUACCCAGAGAAAACGUUUCAGUAUCUAGUUUAGAUUCUUUACCUAAUCGGCAAGAAAGGAUGCAAAGUUUAAGAGAACAACAUCAAAGAAUGCAUCAGAAAAGACAAGGUCAAUAUCCUUUGGAACAGAAGGAGGAGUACUAUGAAAAUGAGCUUAAAGAAAAAGAGAGCAAAUACGUUCUUCCAUUUAAUGUUGUGCAUGGCAGAUCCCAUAGUCUUGAUACUCAUAAGGAUACUGCUCAUGGUUUACCUGUACCCAGUUUUCCUGGAGAUCCAAACAGAUAUAGUCAUUAUAUGAAUUAUAAAGAAAUUCAGCAGCAUAUAAACCAACGAGUGCAGCAUGAUAUGCGAAAUUCGUCUUCCAAGAAAAUUUCGAAAUCUGAACCAAAAACAACAACAAAUUCUGCUGUAGAAGGUCCAUCUAGCAAUUUUUUUGACUAUGAAAGCGUGCAUCAUCAUCAUCAGAGGCACACAACAAGCCAGUCUUCUGAUAUUAGUUCUAACUCACUUCCUCGUGGUGUGCAUACUUCAGAUCAUGCGUUAACACAUCAGGGCCCAAUGAACAAACCUUAUUUUGUGCAUGAGGCACAUGAUAAUGGAAAUUAUGGACGUAUGAAUGUUCAUCAUUUUUAUCCGAACACCAAAUUAUACUCGCAUAUUGUUCCAGGCUCUAAAGUUUGACUUCCAUGCAAGUUAUUAUAUUUUUCCAUUAUAAAACUGUAACAAAUAUAUAUAUAAACUAAAAAAAUCUGUUUAAAGCCGUCCAUGUUUUGCCAUUCAAUGCAUAAAUAUCUCAAGCUCUUGUACUUUAACAGUGUGUAAGUCCUUACCCUUAAUUUUUUGAAGUCAGGCAGCUCAAUAUAUAUGUGUUCUGUAUUAGUAAACAGGAACUAAUUUUCUGUUUCUGUGUUUAUAGAGCCUUUAAAUACCUUGUACAUUUUUUGUUUUAAUUAGUAAUGGGUUGCAUAUUUUGUUCAGAAUCUGUGAAAUGGCAGUUUCAUAAUUCGUUAUUUGCAUCCCUAUUUCUGUAUUUUUCAUAAAGAGAGGUUGUAAAUCUGGUUAUAAUAGUUCUUUAUAUUCUUCAAGUUUUUCUGAAUGUUAAGCGUUUUCUCAUAAUUUUUUAAUAUAUUGCAUCACUGCAUAUAAAAUACAGAGUCCCCAUGUUGUGAAUGAGAUAUGUUUCCAAGAGCUUUAUUAGGCAGAUUUGUUGAUAGCUCAGAUCCCUAAUGAGCAGAGCCUAUUAUGGUAAUAAUAAAAAAGUAUUAAUAAUUCUGUAAUUUUUCAUAUAUGGUAAUAAUAAUAUGAAAUGCUAUGAUGAUGAGAUUACCACCACACCAUACAGGUGUUUUAAUGUUUUUUCUUUUAAUUCAAAUGAACAAAGUAACGAAAAGAUCAUAUAUAAUGUAAUAAGAAAUAAAUUGAUUAAAUCUCAUGCAUUGUUAAUUUUCUUCAUGUUCGGAAGGGGCAUUUAGAGGUUGGGAUACCAGAUGAUUUAAUUUACUGCUGAAGUCUCUCAUCUUUUUUUUUUUUUUUUUUUUUUUUUUUAAAUUUCCUUCAAUAUUGGAGCAAAGUACAAAAACUGCAAACUAGUGUGACAUGAAGAUUCAUAAUAUGAUAUCUAUUUCUUGCUACAUACACUUAAAAAGGACUACUGGUUGUAAAGAGUAAAGGAGUAUCUGAAGUUGUAUCCUGAAGUAAAAGAAGAAAAGAAUAAAUAUGUGGAAGUCAUACACUAAUUUGUAAAUCAGGUCCUGCAACUUUUAUACUGUUCUAAGUUCCAAUAUUAUUUGUUUGUUUAAUUAUUUUAUCAUUGUAGAAAACUUAUUCAUACAAACCUGUUUUAAGUCAAAUGUUCUAUGAACAGGGGACUGCCUGUAUUUUAAAAGAAAGUUGAAGUGUUUCUUUCUUUCUUUAUCUUCCCUCCUCCCCGUAAACAGAAAAGCUUUAAAUAUGCAGGAAAAUGUCAGUUAAUUUUUUUUAAAAAUUCUUGUACUCCCUUGUAUAGUAGUUUUUUUAAAUGUGUUGAUCAAAUUUUUGGUUUUCCUCCAUAAGCACUCCAGAUUUAGAAAUUUAAAAUAAAACAUCAUUUUUUUUUUUUUUUUUUUUUAAAUAAAUAAUAGAGUAGCAAAGUGGAUUUUACUCUGUAUAAACAUUCCAAGUUUAGCAGAUAGUCUGUGAUACAUUCUAAACUGUAUUAUGUAACAACUUUUAUUUUUAAAAUAAUAUUUGACAAAUGACCAAAACUACUAAUUAUAUUAUUUUUGCCAUCUAUUCAGCAUAUUUAUCAGAAAUGGGUAAAAUACUUGAAUUUUCAACAUUUCUGCAGAUAAUUACUUUUUUAAUCAAAUAAUUGUUAUGGAAUAUUUAAAUGUAAAUGACCCCCUUUUCUAUGAAAUUCUUAAAAAUUGCUUUCUUUAUAAUAUGUUAUGAAAUGAUUUUGAAUGAAUCUGUACCAUGAGAUUUUAGUUUUAAAUAUUUAUUAAGUAUUCGAAAAUGUAUGAUAAUUAACUGAAGAGUUAACUGAUUAUUGCAUUAAAGUUAAUUGGGAAUAACCUUGUGUUGAGGUUAGCUUAAAUUUAAGCAGAUUCAACCUUGUAUUAAGUUUAGCUUAAAUUUCAAAGAGCAUAUUUACAGGAAAAUGCUUCCACAUAAAUAAUAAAUUUUAGAGUAUUAUUUCUUUUGUGUCUCAGUUACGUUUGCAAAUUUUCGUUUGGAGGUAUAUAACAUACUUUACAGCAUAUUUGUAUUUAAAUAUUAGAAAUGACUCUUUUAUAUCAGUAGGAUUGGUAAUAAAAUAUGAAUAUAGCCUUGAGCUAACAUGCAUGCUGGUCUAAGAUUACAUUCCAUUUAAUUUAAAGUUAAGUUUUAUGUAAUUUAAAAAUUGUUGUCCUUUUUCUCUUUUUAUGGUGAUGAAUUCUGUGGUUAGUUACAAUUCUGUACUGUAUUGUGUCUGUUUUCUUCCUAUGUUCUGCCUGUCUUUCUUUAUGAUACUGUUUAUUAAAAAAUCUGUGAUAUAAUUUUUUUAAAAGUGUUCUUGCAUACUUUUAUUUUUAAAAAAAUGUAAAUUCCACUUAAUUUAACUUUCAAUUUAAAAAAAUCGUGCAUAUUUUAGAAAAAAUGAAAUGCAUAAAUGAAAACUAAUUCGAUAUGUUUGAGGAGAAAAUUAUAUAUGUAAAAAAUAAUUACCAAUAACGAAAAUUGUGUCUUCAUAAAAUUUCUCAUUUUUUUAUUUAUAUUACAUUGUAAAAAUAUUCUUUAUCCUGUGUAAUUCAUAUGAUCUUCAAGUACCUUGAAAAAUGGCUUAAAUUUUUUUCAGCAUUUUAAAGUAGGAAUUUAUAAAUUGAAAGCUGAACUAUAUAUCUCCUCUUUUGUACACACAUAUAAAUACUUGUGUUUGAAAUCAAUUAAAACAAUUCAGGAUUUAUUUAUUGAUGUUCUGCAAAACAUUUAAACUUGUUUUCUGGACCUUUGGCAUGAGAUGCAAAAUUAUUGUAUGUGUAUCAUGAAAUUUUCGUGAUAUGGAAGUAAUUUUUUUAAUACAGUUUCAAUGCAUAUAUAUAUAUAUAUAUGGUUGAUUGAUUUGCUGUAAUUUAUUGAAUAUUCUAUUUGAAGACUUAAAAUGUGUAUUUUUUAGAUUAAAUUCAUAUGUGUAAUAUAAUAUUGGUGAGUUUAUCAAAAUUUAAACAUGUUACUGCAGUCAAAUUUUGUAUGCAAUCAUAUAAACAAGAUUUAUGUAUAAUUGUAUUAUAUAUUCCAAAUCUAAAUUACUGCAUUGAUUGUUCCCCAUCUUAUCUAUUUUAAUAUUUGUGAGUGAAUAAAAAUGAACAGGUUUAUGAUCUUUUAACUAGCAGCUGUGUAAUUAUGAUUUUUUGGAGCUGAAAUUGUCAUGUUACAUGAUAUUUGCAUUUCCUAUAACUGUUUUGCAUUCAGUUACAUUACACUAACAUGUAAUUAUAUCUGUACUUUUGAGCACAAACAAUUCUAAAUGGAUAUUUGCAGGAAGUAAAAUACUUUGUUAUAUUGAAACAAAUUAUUAUUGUUUCAAAUGAAAACAUAAGAGAAAGUAAGAUAAAGUGUUGGUUUGAAGUCAGAUUUUGAAAGUAAUGAAAUAUGAUGAUUCAUUUGAAGAAAAAAAGAUAAAUUUGUUGCAGUGAUUGCAGAGUAAAAGACAGGGAAACUUCUGUUCAUGAAUUUAACUUGUUUCUGAAUGAAUGCCAUUUGUAAACCAAAGCAAUUCCUUCCAUAGGAAUUGAUAUAAAAUGGAUUAAUUUGUUCCUGGACUACACAUAAUUGUUAAUUUAAAUUUUACAACAGUACAUUGUGCACAGCCUCAUAGCAUGAAAACAAUCAAAAUCAGUAAUUAUAAAUACAAUAUUAAACACAUAAAAUAGAUACAAAUUUAAUUUUAAAAUACUUGUACAGAGUGAACAGUUUAAACACAAAAUGAUGAGAAAGAUGUUUUGUUUGGAUGCAUAUUUCCCUCCUAUUAAAUCGUCAGAUAACUGUCUUUAGAGGCACAUCUUUAUCUACCUUUUGUCUCUUAGCAUCAGUCGACAGAGCUUGAUACCCAUUAGGCAUCUGUUCCACUCAAAAUUUUUCUAAUGUUAUUUGCUGAUGGUUUAAAAUGUAUCUUAAAUGAAAAAUGCUUAACCUGUAACAUGCUACUGCUUUAUCAGGGUAAUAUCAUUACCUGAAAACUUUCUAAUUUGCUUCAUUUUGCACAUAUUUCACAAAUCAAAGAAUCAGGAGCCUUUUUUAUUCUUCCUCUUCUUCUGAAAAUAUUUCUUUCAAGUUGCCUUUUGCUACUUCUGAGGCUGUAAAUGUUGCAUUUGAGCUCAUUUUUACGAUCUGUAAUAAUUUUGCAACUCUUCAUUGUUUAACUUCCUACAGUUACUUUAUAGUUAUGUAGUCACUAUAUCAUAGAUAAUGAAAGAAAUUCUUAAGUAUCAAAAUCCUCACUGUUUCUGUUUGCAAUCCAUUCUAGCCAUAAUUUUCCCCAGGUCAAAUUUGCAGUCUUUUGAGUCACAUCCUGCCAGGCUUUGUAAUGAGGGUUAAGUAGUGGCAAAUAUUGAUAUUUCAAGAAUCUCUAAGUGGCAUUCUUAUAUGGAAUUGAUUAACUCAAAACAUCUUUGAAAAUCAUAUGUUGCCAACUUGAGUGUUGACUCGUAAACUCGAGGCACCAUUCAUCAUUCAAGGUGUUUUUUUUAUUCAGAUAAUUUGUUCAUGAAGUGAGGUAUUUGUGACCUGAGGUUCUAUUUUUGAUUUAAGUAAGUUCAGUUCUAUUAAGGUUAUUAAAUUCUGAAAGAUAUACUGUUCAUGUUAAAUAAAUUGAAAUAUAAAUAAAUUAUAAAAAGUUUGAAUAAAGAAUGAACUAUGAAAUUAAUAAUUGAGAAAUUUAAUAUACAUCUGUUUGAGUUAUUAAUUAGAAACCCUGAUUAACAGCAUUCUUAUUCUGUAACAAAUUUGGAUUAGAUGAUGAGUUCUUAUAUUAAACUUGAAGAGCAUAAAUAUAGUGCCAUUCUUAACAUCUUUAUGUUUAGCUUUUUUUUUUUUUUUUUUAAAUCUUUAAAUUCAUAUUAGAUGAGUACUAUAAAUAGUGUUUAACCUAUCAUGUAUAUAUUUUUUGUUGCAAUUCUGGUAUUGUUCUAGAAAUAAUUCAGGACUUUUGCAAUAAUAAACAACCUUAUUCUGAAUUAAAAAUUUAGUUGCUUCCUGGAUACUUAUGCAUCAGUAACUGUUUCAUAUAUUCUUAAAUUAAAAUGUAAAUCUAUGUUAAUGAAAUGUCAGACCUAGGCACACAAAUAAUCUGGAAGGGAAUAGAAAUGAACAGCAGGAAAUGACAUGUAAGUAAAAUAUGAAGUACUUUAAAGUCAAAUGUACUUCUUCAGCGGUGGACCGGCCUCAUAAGAACAGAUAUCUGUGCUUAAGUGUGAACACAGAAGAAGCAUCCAGAAGUUUUCUAGCAUUUGCCAGAAAGUUUUCUAUGUUGAACUUGGUAUUUCAGUGUUUCCAUUGAUGCUUGUUUUGCUUGUCUAAUUUGCAUAUUUGUAGCUGAAAAAAAGGUGUUGUUUGACUUUUCAAACUAUGGUACUGUAUGUUCAUUAACUUGCACCAAUUCAUGUUGCAAAUUCUUGUACUUUUUUGGACAGUGACAUUAGAUUUAAAUCUUCAAUAUAAAUAUCUAAUUAUAAAAUAAUUUUUAAUUGUUUACUCUGUACGCACUGUUACUUAACCUUUUCUCAGGCCUUUUCUUUCUUCUCCCCUUUUGUUGUUGUUGUGUAUGUUAUUCAUUGAUAUAGUUUUUAUGCAUUUUGUAGUACAUACAAAGUGUAUUCAAAUAUGCAAUCCUUAAAAAAUAUUUCAUUUUGAAAUUUAACAAAAAGAAAUUUAGCAUAUUCUAUCCAGUAUAAGUUAUUAAUUUACAGAAAAUUAUAGAGCUUUUAUAGCCACUAAAUAGAAUAAAUUUUAAGUUGUAAAAUUGGAUGCUCAUUGCCAUCAUCAAUGUGAGAGUGUAAAAUGGGGUUUUUUCACACUUUUAAUAUAGCCAAUUCUUAGUAACCGUAAGUACAUAUACCCACUGCUUUAAAUUGUAGAUACUCAGCAAUAUAAUAUAGAAUAAUUUUUGUUAUAUGAGUAAAUGCAGAACAUUUCAUUCUCAUUUUAAACUGUUUCCUGUAGUUUUAUUAAUCAUAUAGUUUAUUAGACAGUAACUUCAAAGUACUCUUAGUAAUUAUACAUUGUGAAUUAUAUAUCAAUAAAAAUAUUGGAUGGUGAUUUUUUUUUUUUUUAAAAUAUGUGUGGGCCUUCUCUUAAUAACAUUACAGUUACAAGUAAGUAAAAAGUUAUAAUGUAAAACUAAUCAUACUUGCUGUUAAACAUGUGUGAAGCUACAAAACAUAUGUAUUUUAAGUGCCUCCAAAGAUAAUGUUUUAAAGUAUCUUAUUUUAAUGUAUUAUUACUUACAUGUGCAUGUCUGAGUGAAUGUUUUUAACCCUUAGAUCAAUAUUUGUAAAUAGUAAUAAUUGUAACUUUAUAUAGUUGUACUGAUUUUUUAUUUUUUACUGAAAAAUGUAUUUAUGUAAAUAAAAACAUUGUUUUAUUUUA